AUGUUCUUUUCUUCUUCUCUGGCUGGAGAACGGGUUUUUUCCUGGCGACGCAGUUCUUGGUCGCUUCCACGUGUUUCGAAGGCUGACGCCUCCGUCGUCGGUCGAUCGAUACAAUCUCAUUCUUAUAUCCACGUUUUCUGGAAGCUGUUGCUGUGCUGGUUGUUUUCAGUUUUUAGAGCAGAGUUUUCAAACAUGGAUGACGACCUAAGGGAUAGGCCUGGAGUGGUUUCCCGAUUUUUUCACUGCAUAGAAGUCAAAUAUCAAUAUUAUCUGGAUAGGCUCACACCACAAACUGCUAUCCGAUGGCUGAUUGCAGUUGUAGCUAUUUUCAUUUUUUGCGCUAGGAUUCUCUACCUCCAAGGUUUCUAUAUAGUGGCAUAUGCUGUUGGUAUUUACUACCUGAAUUUGCUUCUUCUUUUCCUUACACCCUCCAUCGAUCCUGCACUAGAGGAUGACGACGAUGGACCUGUGCUUCCCUCUAAAACCACGGACGAAUUUCGCCCUUUCAUGCGUCGACUGCCGGAGUUCAAGUGCUGGCAUUCUGCUAUGAAAGCUACUCUCAUAGCAAUUACCUGCACAUUCUUCGAUUUCUUCGAUGUACCAGUGUUCUGGCCCAUUCUUGUUAUGUACUUCAUUAUUCUCUUCUUCCUGACAAUGAAGAGGCAAAUCAUGCAUAUGAUCAAGUACAAGUACAUUCCAUUCACCGUCGGAAAGCCUCGGAUGGCAGGUAAAGAGGACACUGGCAAGGUUGUUGUUGGAUAG